AGACUGCCUCAAGAUUCCUGGCCACCUGAACCACUGCAGAUACCUCCUUUCCUGGCCGCCCCACCCUGCACUCCAGACACCAUGAAGCUUCCUUCCACAAAGGUCUCCUGGGCCGCCGUGACGCUACUGCUGCUGCUGCUCCUGCCGCCCGCGCUGCUGUCUCCCGGAGCGGCCGCGCAGCCCCUGCCCGACUGCUGUCGUCAGAAGACGUGCUCCUGCCGCCUCUACGAGCUGCUGCACGGAGCUGGCAAUCACGCUGCUGGCAUCCUCACCCUGGGCAAGCGGCGGCCGGGCCCCCCCGGUCUCCAGGGUCGGCUGCAGCGCCUCCUGCAGGCCAGUGGCAACCACGCCGCCGGCAUCCUGACCAUGGGCCGCCGCGCAGGCGCAGACCCAGUGCCGCGCCUGUGUCCCGGGCCGGGCUGUCCCGCCACGGCUGUCACCUCCGUCGCUCCUGGGCGACUGUCUGGGGUCUGAAGCGUUCUUCGGGCCCCCUCCUGCUUCUGCUCUCUUCCCUAUGCCCACCCGGCAUCGGCCCCCAGAAAUACGGCAAUAAAGGCAAGUCUCC